AUGCCUAGCUCUCUUGUUUUUACCCUGCUGUAUAAAAUACACACCAUUUUCGUACCCUGUACAAAUAAGAUUGGCGUAAAUUUGUCAAAAUAAUUGGACUUUGGAACUGAACGGUUUUUCGAAAAUAUUUUCUGUCACAUGCACAGCAGUAGAAACUCUAAUGUUUGUUGUCUGAAAAUGAGUGUUGAAACGGCGAAGAGAAACGUAUUUAUUAGGGACUGGGACAAAUUGCGUUUCCAAGUUAAAACUACAGAGCGAGAUGUCCUUAGCGCUGUCAAUACGAAACAUCAAGGUUUACGAACUUUUCACGAAGCAGAAGAGAUGCUGGUGGUAACUCGUAGGGAAAUAGAAGUUGAGCGGAAAAAAAUCAACGAAAAUUUGUUAAAAAUUCGUGCAAAAGUGAUCGCAUUUCAGCAGCAACUUUCGAAAGUAAAAUCCACCCCCGAUUUUGUUGAAAAACUAAAACGGAUCAUGGAAGAUGUAGAAAUCACCAUAACCGGAUUUAAGGAGGGGCAGAGGAAACAGUUUGAACGUCUUGUAGAAGAAGAAGAAGAACUGAAGCAAGAAAUUGGGAUUCUCGAAAAAAGGAUAGAAAAAACGAAAAAUCAAACUUGCUUGGCAACCAGUGGGUUUGUUGGGAAAGUUGCAGUUCGAGCAAACAGUAAUUCAACCUUACCACCAGAGGUUGAUGCUUAUGAGAAGUUUGUUGCUGCCAAUGGGGCACAGGGUGGUUGGGAUGAUUAUGAUCAUGGGUUGUUUUUAAGGAUACGGACUAAAUAUAAAGGAAAGAAGGGGUUUGAGAAUGCUGCUGUGAGUGGAAUACCUGGUAGGAGUUUGAGGGAAGUUACCAAACAUGAGGAAUGGUACAAAACUUUUGAAGAGUUGAAAGAGAAAAAGAAAAAGGCGAUUUCCGACUGGAAGAUGGAAAAAGAGAAAGAGAAUGUGAAGAAAGAGACUGAGAGCAUGCUAAGAGAAAAAGAGAAGGAAGAGAUGAAAAAGAAAAAAGAAAAGGAGAGAAUGGAAGAACAAGAGAGAUUGAAGAAGAAAGAGAUUGUUGAAAGUUGGAAACAGAAGAAAGAAGAACAAAGGAAACUUGAAGCUGAAGAAAUACGACAGAAUGAGCUUCGGAAAAAGAGGAUUAAAGAAAAUGAACAAAGGGAGCUUAAUGAGAUGCGGGAAGCUGCUAAGGAGCAACUGCGUUUGAAACGAGAAGAAGAUGAGAGAGAACGCUGGAAGUUGGAGCUUGAAGAGGAGGAGAGGAGAUUAGCCAAGAAGGAGGAAGCCCAGCAUCAAAUAGCGAGGUUCCAAAACCGGGAUCAACUUAACUUAAAAUGGAAGAUGAGAGAAAAGAGAAUGAAAGAAGAAGAGCAAAAGAAGAGAGAGGAGAGAAUCGGAAAAGCGAGAGCAAAUAUUAAAGUCGAGUCGGAUCGUAACAGACUAUAUCAACCAACUGAUGCAUGGUUGCAUAGGAAUCGACAAAGGGACAGCAAAGAAAAGAUGCAACCUGGUGUAGUGUUGCCACAUAAAGCAGUACCUUCAUGGAGGCAAGGGGUUUAGGGGGUUAAAAUAUCUUUGUUUUGCUUAAAACUGUAGAAGUGCAAGGCAUUCUCAUUGUUUUACAAAUAAUAUCCAAUUUAAAAACGCUGUUUUUGUAACCGUUUUAAUUCAACUUAACUUAUGUUAUUUACUGUUUAGUAUUUUCUACAUUGGUACUAUGUUAUGUUUACUUUCUGUUAAAAUCAUGUAUUUUUCUAG